UCCGGCUUUUAUACAAAAAAGUUUCGCCGCUCUGUUUAAUGGAGCGAAGAAAAUCAGCCGAAAUCCAGGAAUGAGCCUAUUUCCAAUUAUCUGGAAUCGUAUUGUGUGCCCACAUGGUCGGGGAGGUGAUUUAUGAAGUGUGCGUAAUGUCUGAUAAAUUCCACUUUUCACGCAAUGUGGUACAAUUGCGGUAGGUCCUUAGACUUAUAAAAAUAUGAUUUUCUCAUAAAACAGAAAUGGAAAUGUCUGGCCACACACCCCAUGUCGUAGAUUUACCAAAGCAAUCGAAAAUCUGUACGCUAUCUUCGAAAGUUCCAGCUCACCGAUUCAUCGUCUACGAAAAAUUUGUAUAAUUUUUAUAAAAUAAUAGAGAAGGUGCUUUAAUGGAUUCACAAUGUAAAUCUCAUUGUUUUUAGAGCUUUUAAACAAAUAAGCCCCUCUGUAAAAGCCUCGUCUACAUUAAAGUCGUCUGAAGCGAACACGCGCGAGUGCGUGGAAGGGGGGGGGGGGGAGCACACACUUACUAUUUGAACGAUCGAGUCUAUAGGCUGCUUUCCGCGUGAAAUGGAAAUGCGUAAAGAUAACGGACUAAGAACGUCACAAAGCUAUAUGGACAGAGAGAGAAUCGUAAGUUACACAAUGUUCCAAUGCUUAUCAUCACGCUAAAUACGUUAAAAAUACCGUUAUAAUAAAAAUCAAAUACAUCAUACAUAUGCUGUUAUUGCCAAGAAAGUCCGAAAGUUAUUUGAAAAUUCGAAUUUCGAGCCAGACAAAUUAACAACAAAUUGGCUUAUAACAAAUUAUAAAUACAUUAUCACGAUGAAUAGCGAUAUGCUUGUCUUCUGUUAUUUCUAGGGGCGUGUGAGUCAAACUCGAACUUUUUUUGUUUUGAUUGCAAAAUACAAUAAUCUAAGAUGUUAAAAAUCUACUUAAAUACCACGAUUGUCGAGUUUUUACACAUAUCUAACGAAUGUUAUGGUUUUUCCUUGUUUCAUAAAAAUGAUAUGUACUUAAAGCUUCGAGUUCUUUUUCAAGUUUUUUUUCGGGCUUUUGUCAAAAAAAUAACUCGAUUGGUAAUUUGGACUGAUUUUUCAGCUAUCAAAAUUUGUUGCUUUUGUCAUCUAUUGAAUCUGUUCAAUCUGUUUGUUAACUUAACACGUAUAAUAUAUUAUUAUGUCAUUAAUUAUUUGCACCAUAAUGUUGUAACGAAAUGUAAAACUCGACUUUUAACUCACACCUCUACUUAUUUCAUAAUCGACUAUAAUUUUACAAAGAUAUAAAUACGAAUUAAAAUAUCCAGCCAAAUAGCAUUUGAUAUAAAAUAUCUCAAAAUCUGCACGUGUAACAACGCCUCAAUCUAUUGCUACAGAUAAUUAAUUAUGGAUUCUGUAUCUCAUAUACACCGCAUGAAUCUAUUACUAUUAAUUAUUGUUACCUACCAUUUUAUGUCCAUUUCUAUGGUCUUGAAAAAAUAUUAUACUACAUCGUUAGCAAAAUGCAAUGUUAAAGCCACUAAAUAACAUAAUAUAAACAUAGACAGUACGAAUAUAGAUAUAGCACACUUGCAAAUCAACUCCCGACCAUUUGGGCACACAAUACGAUUCCAGAUAAUUGGAAAUAGGCUCAUUCCUAGAUUUCGGCUGAUUUUCUUCGCUCCAUUAAACAGAGCUGCGAGACUUUUUUGUAUAAAAGCCGGACCGAUGCGCGACUUCAGCAUCAGUUCGACUUGCAGCAUUCGCCACUAUAGUAAAGUCAGCAAACCGCAACAAACAGCAACCAUGAAAUUCCUCGUUGCCUUCGGUGUUCUCUGCCUCGUGGCUCUCUCCACCCAGACUCCACUUUUCGAGGGGUGUGACGAGAACAUACAGAGCAUCUUCAAGAACGACUCUUGUUUCCACGUCAAGUGUCAGGAGUUCAACAAGUUGGCUGUCACCUUCCACCAGAUGACCUACCACCAGUGCUUCGCUCCCAAAUGCAAGGAAGGAACACUACUCAAGGGACAGAACCCCGCGGACGUCAGCAAGGUCUACCCACACUGUUGUGCUACCCCAAUCUGUGAGGAACCUGUCAAGAGUUGUAAUUAA